AUGUCAGGUAACAUCUUCAAUGAGGAAUUCAGGAUGUCGAUGUGGACAACUUUAGCCCUGAUUACUCUACUCAACAGUUUCUCAUCGUCAGGUGAGGAUUUAGCAGGGUCAAUGAACACUAUGAAUCAAAUACCUUUCCAAUAUAAUGUUGUUUAUAACAUACGAAAUAAUCCCUUAAUCUUGCAACUGAUUCUUCAAGAACUAAAUUUCAUCACCCUUCCUUAGGAUUCAGAGAACAGAUGGAAUGUAAGAAGUGUUUCGAUUGCAGUUCUAAAACAAACUUGGUGGAAGAUUUUUUAUUGCUCCUUGACAAAUUGUGUAACAUCAAAAUCUCUCUCAGAUACCUCUGUAGCUCUCUCAUUCUUUUCUGUGCAAAAGAGUUCAAGUCAUACCCGAAAAGGGAAUUAACUAUUCUGUGAUAGACUUUAACGGAAAGAGGAACCUAGAUCUGAAGGCUAGGCGCAGGCAUUGUUCUUGAUCACGUUUAUACAACGGAAUCUGAACAACGCUGGCUUCUGGCCAAUUCCAAACACAUCCAUGGAUUUUCAUGUUACGUCUUGUGUAAAAGCGUAGAUCAAUUAUCCAUCCACAUAACGCAAUCAAUCUUAUCACUCAAGUAACCCCACCACAUCAUUUUCAACUAGUUUUGAAAGGAGCGAGAAGAAGUGGAAGGGAUAAGAGGAAGCGGGCUAUCUUUUGAGUCAAUUCAUGGUGUCCGUGUGUCUAGAUUAAUUUUGCUAUGUUUGUUCAUUUGUUCUCAGUCUUGGAGCACAAUCGCUCGUUAUCAUGUUGCUUUGCACUAAAGCAGAGUUUGACAACAGCUUCCACACUGCAUCAAUGUUUGCUUUUGGCAAACUCAUGGCAAGAUGUGUCAGCACUAAAAAAAAGCCCUUUCUUUGUUUAGGGUCAAAACAUUUCUCCGUAUCAGGCAAUUUUCAAUCACAGUUUACCGAUAUGUAAUCUGAUAGAAGGGAAAAAUCGCCAACAUUUAUGAUUUGAAAUUGAGGACGUGCGUCAUUACAUGAAGAGGUGAUGUAAUGGUCAUUUGUCGCUAUUUGCCAUCGUUGCUUCAUGUAAUGAAGCCAUUUUUAUUUGAACGUCGAAAGCAAUCCAAAAUUGCUUUGGUUUGUGUAUCAUUGUUAAAUGCUCGAACCUCACGCUCUCAACCAAUCAGAUCGUAGAAAGAUAAAAACCAACCGCGUCAUCGUCAAUCGCGUUUUUCCCGUGCAACGGGAAGUCUACUCUGAGUUCUUAUUAUGAUAUUUUCCUUUAUUUUGAUUGGUGGUUGUGACUAAAUGGACUGUUCGGUUUGUUGCAGCAUCUGUUACGGCUCCUGCUGUAGAUGUUUACAUUAGGAGUGAAAUUUAUCAUAGUUGGUCAAAGACACCGAGCACAUAUGGAAUUGCUUACAUCAAGGUGAACGGCGAAGAUUAUUCUCGUCACAGCAGAGGACAUAAUGUUGUUGUUGUGGACGGUGCAACAGGUGUGUGAACCACGGUUAAUAUUUUACUUCUAAAUUCUUAUUUAUCAUAACGGAAAGCUCGAUUAUGGUGACAAGCAAAGAGCUCCUCUUGGCUCAGGCACAAUCUAAGUGGCCCUUUGGAGUUUCUCAGGAAGUUUCAUUAUUUCUUGGAAGAAUUAUACGUCAAAGAGUGAAUAUUGUCGAAUAAUCCACGAGAAGACGUCUAGGGCAUUAUUCGAUCUAAAGAGACCACGAGAGCGUUUUCUCAUGUGCUCAAAAUUCAUUGAGCCCAAGACAAACAAUAUUCCAGUGUAAUUUAAGAAAUCAGCAUUAUAAAAGAUUCGAUUCGUGUACAAUUGCCGGUCCUCAAACUAGGCAUAUGUUUUUAUCUUUUUAUUUUUCUUAUCACUCAGGUGUCAUUCUUGAUUCAAAAGUGUUCGACACAUACGGGAAUACAUUUGCCGGUAACAACCUAAGGGACUACCUCAACAACAUUAAAGGAAAGUAAGUGAUUUAAUUUCAGAUGUUUAGAUGUAGUUUUAUCAUUUUAGCCUUAGCCAAUCAUACCUUUGAAAUGAUACCUUACUAUUUACUCUUAACUCCCAAGAUUUGACUGUUAAUUCUCCCCUCUAGUUGCUAUACAUUUCCCUGUUAAUAAUAUACAUAGUUCUGAUUGGUUAAGAUAAAUGCAGUUUUCAGGUAAUUCAGUGCAAAAGAGAGUUAAUUCAGUACAGAAGAAGGUUAAUUCAGUGCAAAGAAAGUAACAAAUCAGACAUUCUGAUUGGUCAGUAAUCAAAGAAACUCAUAGAUAGCCAAUCAAAUGCGAGCCUUGGAUGUCGCAACAAAAAUUUGAAAAUUUGCGAGCGAAACAAUGGCCGGCGUUUUAAGUAGGUUUUCUUUCGCCACCGCAGCUGAAAAACAGCUCAAAUAACGAAACAUUGUAAAAAGUACUGCUUUUUGGUUGUCAGUUUGGAAAAAGUGGUGUUUAGAGAAGGAAAUUGCCAAGGAAAUCAAAAAUAACGAGUCGACCCAGCUCAGCACUUUGCUCGAGUGAUCCAACGCCGAAAUUAAAAACAAACAUGGUUAAACCUGGGAAACGACGACUCCCUUUUAUUGAAAGUGAUUCGGACACUGACUGAACAAUUCCUUGAACUGUUUAGCCGGACUUUGAACUUUUUUGCGCCUUGAAGAUAUGAAGAUAUCUUUGCAUAUUAUUGUUUUGAUCAUACGCGGUUGUUUUGACCGAACGCACGGUUUGAAUAAAUUAUUUUUGCACUUGAUGCGCGCGCUUUGCUUGUGCUUAAUUUUGGUUAGCCAUCUCGUAUUUUUCCAUCUAUAUUAUUUAUACGUAAUCACAUGAUUUUUUCUCGUGCAAUUUGGAAUAAACAAGCACUUGUUAAUUUUUUCAAAGACCACAAAUUGCACUCGCCCUACGGGCUCGUUCAAUUUUGUUAGUCUUUGAAAAAAUUUACUCGUGCUUAUUUAUUCCAAAUUGCACUCGAAAUCAUGUGAUUACUUAUACAAAUAAGUUACGAGAAUUUGGUGUUAGAUCAAGAUAACAACUUCUACCUAAUACAUUUGAGUAUUCUCAUUACCUAUUUGCUGCAUAGUGUAUGGAUAUUGUCGGGGGAAGAUACUUGUUAAUCACCUCUGGGAGUUAAAGGGUUAACAAAAGAUUCGAUGUUGCAGUGCGUGUGCUCAGUGAUAGAACACAGAUGACGUCAAAACUAAUACCUAAUCUAAAACUACUCUUUUUCGUCAUUGCUUUGCUUUUUUUUAAAAAAAUCUUUUUUCCGUUAGCAAAAUCGUUUUGGUCGGUGUUCAAGAAGGUUCGAAAUAUGCAUCAUCAGCGGUUAGUGCUUUCAAAAGACUGGGGGCUCGUAAUUCUGUUCUUGGAAGCCGUUGGUAUUCUUUUGCAUUUGCUGGUUACGCGGGCAUAGGACAACCAGCCGGGAUGACACAACAAAAGAUACCACAGGGGAAAACGAGACUUUUUGGGCCUAGUCAAAUAACUCUGAAAAUUCCCCUUUCAUCAAGUAAGUCAAGUCAGUAUAAUCUGUUGCACUUAUGACGUAGAUGCCUUUGACCAAAAGGUAAAUCUCUAAAAUCUCUUCGUUCUUCUAUGUUGCUGCAAGUUAACGAUGUACGCAAAUCAGUGAAUAGAGCUUGAUCUUUGGCCUGGGUCUCUAACUUGAUCGACCGGUAUUCCGAAAAAGGCGUGCUUGUUAGUUAAAUUCAGCUCUCGUACUCAGUCGGAGUGAGCAUUGAUUGAGAGUAGAGCGAAAAGGUGAGAGGGAACGAGAUUCCUAGGCUGCGAGAAUGGACAUAACUACAUGCAGUUGCUGAAAAUUGUGACAGUUUUUUUGUGCCCUCGAGCUCGAUGAAAAUAACCCCAACCAACUUUUUCUUACUCGCAGGAGGCUAUAAAUGUCAAAACCAAACUUUGCAGGGACAAAAAGCCGUCAUUUACUCACCCAACUAUCCAGAAAUGUACCCAGAUGGGCAAUACUGCAUGUGGAGGAUCAUGGUGAAAGCAUCUUUUCAAGUGGCCUUAAUGUUUACACGCUUCAGUCUACAACCUGAGAACAACACGGACGCUGUUUAUGUGUACGAUGGCAAUGACCAAACAGGGAAGGUAUUAGGAGUGUUCUAUGGAGGUCAGCCUCCCCCCAGGAAUGGAAUUUAUUCUACGUCAAAUAGCCUCCUUGUAAUAUUCAGAUCAGAUAAGAAUGGUUCUUUCUAUGGGUUCCAAGCCUCUUAUAGCGCCGUUAAGUGUUCUGGUAAGACUUUGUUGAUUGACAGUAUUACAAAAUUACUUAGCACAAUUUCAGAGUUUGAGAUGUAUCUUAAGAAGAUCCCCGAAGACAAAAUGUUGAUACACUCGAACAUUUCGUUUGUUUAAUUGGCAGGAGCCCUUGGAAUGGAGGGUGGCGCGAUUUCUGAUGCCCAGAUAACUGCUUCUUCGCGAAUGAACAACAACAGCACACCAAGACAGGCGAGACUGAACUUCAUUGAACGGGGAAUCAAGCAAGGGGGGUGGUCGUCUCUUAAAAGUGAUCGUAACCAAUGGCUUCAGGUGGAUCUUGGCAGUCACACCACUGUGUCAGGUGUGGCGACUCAGGGGAGGAACUCAACAAAAUGGCGGCAGUGGAUAAAAACUUUCACGUUACAGUUUAGUUUUGGCGGUGUGAUCUUCCAGUCAUACAAAGAACCAGGGAAAAUGUCAGCAAAAGUAAAGUGUCUUUGAAUUAUCAUUCUAUAAAUUCAUUCUCUGAAUGGAUUUUCCUUACAACCCUCUCUUCAAAAGGUCACGAAAAAGAAAAGAUUCCCCUGAAACUUACCUACAUGUACCAUAACUUUUUAGAGUAACGUUUUCUAGCUUUUUUAGCAUUGCAUUGAUCAGUUAACAUACCUGAAAAUGUUGAGAUCAACAGCAUUGUGACUGGGUUUGACUCGUCUAACUUUGACAAAAUCCAAAGAAACGACAGGAAAAUUCGUUUUGGAAGUUAAACUCUAUUUUUGUUUAACAAAAUGUUGGCAUCAUUACGAAUCCGUGAAAUUUUGUCAUAAUCUGAUAAACCUUUAAAAUUACGAUGUAUGCAUAGGCCCAUAUGACUCUCAUUUACGUUUAUCAGUCUUACCAAAUUUUGUGAGGUAUCUACUUGAGCUCAGCUAAUUUUGGUUUCAAUUAUCAGGUACUUCACGCCAAUCAAGACAGUGAUACAGUUGUAUACAACAAGUUGAUCUCACCAAUCACAGCUCGUUAUAUCAGGCUUUUGCCAGUCAAGUGGUACAGCCAUAUAUCACUCAGAAUGGAGCUUUAUGGGUGUCGAGGUAUUUCAUAACAUGAUGGUAUUUUAGUCAGAAAAAAAUCACUUUUAGUGUCACAAAAGAAACACAAUUGUUUAGUUUUUCUAGAAACGCCAAGAUGGGCGUAGAAUACCUUUGGACCAAGAAGGCAAAAUUUAAUAUGCAAACAAAACAUAGUGCGAUUAAAACCGACAAAAUAAGCAGGAGAAGAGCCAAAAAAAUUAUGCAUUAAGAGAAAAUAGUGUACAAAACUGGUCAAGGAAGAAAACCUCCUAAGAAACAAAAUGUUCGAAAUCAUGUUCAAACGCUUUUCAUAUUUCUUCUAAAUUAUUUUCCUGUCAAGGAGCUCAGAGAACCUUAGUAUCUAAUAUCACUUUUGAACUCUUGCUUAAAAUCUAUAUUUUUUGAAAAACAUAUGCAGGUGUUUGAAGUAGGGGUUUAGAGUACUGAUUAUUCAUAAUUUUCAGAGCUUAGCCUAUGAUCUUUGAUCAUGCACGAGUUGCUUCUAAAACUUGUACCCGACUUAUCUUCAUCCUGAUAGAUUAGAGGGAAAGAUUCUCGUUUUGAAAGGGAUGUUAUAGCACCUUUCUUGAGUUUUCUUUCUGAUUAAACCCGUUCAGGUUGUUCCUCACCACUUGGCAUGGAGAGUCAGGUUAUCUCCGAUGCCCAAAUCACUGCCUCCACCCAAUGGAAUAUUUACAAUUCUGCAAAAUAUGCUCGGUUAAACUUGGGCGGCUGGGUUGCCGGUGCAGUCGAUUCUAGACAGUGGCUUCAGGUGGAUCUUGGAACUUACACAAGCGUAACAAGUGUUGCAACUCAAGGAGUGAACCUAAAAUCGCGGGAAAAAUGUUGGACAGCCAGUUACAACCUGCAAUACAGCGACGAUGGAAUAACCUUUCAUUUUUACAAGGGACUCGGAGAAACUCUACCAAAGGUAUACACCGAAAGUAACACUGGAUUGAAUUUGAAAAUGCUCAUGACUCACCUUUAAAAAUACUUUUUUAAGGUUAUAUGAUUACUGCGGUCUAAGCUGGGUUUCCAGAGAGAAGGUAAUCACUAUGUUAACUCCUUUGGCGUCAUGCCAUGUAGAAAACUUUUUAUUUCGUAGUCACUCACGCAGUCGUUACAGCAGUUAUGGGUGCAUGCUUCGGGUCAAUAAAGGGAGAGCACGUUUUCUCUGUUCUUUCUAUUCUUCUUCUACUAAACUCAGUAAGAAUUAAGUCCUAUUUGUAAUAAUAGUCUAAAGAAGUGCAAAAGUCGACAAUAAGUUAUGUCAUGCUUCAUGAUCAUUUCACAGGUGCUCAGUGGAAAUCAAAACUUCCACUCAGUUGUGUCAAACAAGUUGAGGCAACCAAUUACAGCUCGUUACAUUCGAUUCAAACCUUUAUCCUGGAACUAUCGAAUUGGAAUGCGAACCGAGAUCUAUGGUUGCCCAGGUAUUGUCAAAAUAUUAUUUUAUUCAGGGAAUGUUGUUGGGAAUUUAUAUACCUUAUGGGGGAGGAGGGGAGCUCUCAGCAAGUUUGAGGCUUAACAGGAAUAGACUCUGUUAAAAAUUUUAUAUCAGAAUUGUUUCAAAUUGUUUCACAUAUCACAAAUCUUUGAUUAUAGACUAAAGCCAUGCUAUCGAAUCAGUAAUUAAACAGACAUUUUUGCAGCUGCAGAAGACAUAUGAAGAUAUGAAUUGCCUUUUUUCUCAAAUUGCGCCUAAGUUUGAAAAUUUUGAGUUGAGCUGGGACGCAUUUUUGCAAAGUAUCAAACCGUGAAAGACACUUGGAAGCUAGAUUGUAGUUGCAUAUUGAUGAGAAGCUUCUAGUAUUUCAAAAUUCAUUCAUUACAGAAUGCACUAUCCCUCUUGGAAUGGAAAGUAGGUGGAUAUCUGAUGCGCAAAUCACUGCUUCCUCGCAGUUGGAUGGAAAACACUCCGCAGUACAGGGCAGGUUGCAUUUUCAGACCGUGGGAAACAACGCAGGGGGUUGGUCGGCUCUUACAAGCGAUGCCAACCAAUGGCUUCAGGUAGAUUUUGGUAGUUACACUCAUGUGACAGAAGUGGCGACUCAGGGGGCGAACGAAGUUGAUGAAUGGGUGACUAGAUACAAGUUGCAGUAUAGUGAUAAUGGAGUGAUGUACAAGUUCUAUCAAAAAACUGGAGACACUUCGGUCACGGUAUGGUUUAUCCUCAUUUAGGGAAUUUUAUCAACUGAGCUAACUUCUAAUAGACAUAAUUGUUUUCAUAAAUGAAAAUAUACAUCUGCAAAUACUGUAAUUUGAUCUUUGCACUCAGUAUGAACUAGACAUAACCACCAGAAAGAGACCACGGAAGUACUCUGUUAAUGUACCACUGCAAAAUGAUUUAUUUAUUUCUCUCGUUAUUCAUUGUCACCUGUUAUUUCAAGUGCAAUUCUGAAAGUAAAGCCGGCAAAAAAAAAGACAAAAAAAGACAAAUGAACGAACAGACAAUAGAGUAAGUCGUCACAAUUCAAACUUCAAAUUAGAUCUUAAUUUGACUUUAACAUUUAUGACGAUUUUCAGGAGUUUAAGGGAAACCAAGAUAGUAACGAGGUUGUGUAUAAUACACUUCGUCCGUCACUCAAAGCGCGUUAUGUCCGCAUAAUCCCAACACAGUGGAACAAGCAUAUCUCCAUGAGGAUAGAGCUCUUUGGCUGCACAGGUAAUCGAAAAUUAUUCGUGGCUUUUAAAAUAUUUUCUUGUCUGGUUGUCUUCGUGGUUUUUUUAUUAUUAUUAUUUUUUUUUUCAUCGAGACGCACUUCUUUAGUGAAGCAGGAGGCAGUAUAGCUGAAAUAUUUUCCCAAUUUUACUGAUUGUAUAACUUAUUGUUAGCGUUUGUAGCCGUCAACCUUUUCUCAAUAACCUAUAUGCCAUGUCAUGUGAUUCUGAGAAUCUGGUGGUGAGAUCUAACAAUAUCCCUUAGUUGAUAUUUGGCCUCUUCUUAUCGUUUUUACACUGGACAUUGAUAUAAAGCAAAAUUACUUGAUAGUGAAAAGGUCACUAUUAGGGUUGACUCAAAUCUGUCGCGGCUUUUUGUUGUUCACCGCUCCUCGGACUAAAUGUCGACCAAAGAUCAUCCGGUAAUGGAACUACUUACAUACUACAUAUUUACAACUCGUGUACUGUGUCUAAAACAUACUACUUCUGAAGCUUAGUGGAAAAGUUGUCAAUUACGUUCUUUGAUUAAGCAUAUUGACUGAAUUGAACGAAUUUAACCAUGACACGAUCAGACGUUUUUCGGAUCCAAAAAGAGGUCUUAUUUGAGCCAUUGACAAAAUAAUUCAUAGGACGCUACAUAAACAUGACAACUGUUUGACUUUUUCCACUUGAAAAUGAAGGAACAAAUAAGUUCCUUAAAUUUCCCAAACCAAUCGCAACUUUGGUACAUAUACAAAGAAGCUUAUGCACGUACAUACAAAUGAAUUAAAACCAAAAUCUUAGUGUAGGAGAAUGGAAGGGAAAGAAAGGAAAGAAAGGAAAGAUUUUGUCGAAAUGUAUGACUCGACAAAAAACACCAAAUUACAAAUCAUGUACUAAGACUGGGAACUUCACCGAGUAAACCAAGUUAGGAUGAUCAAUUGUUGUUUUCUCCUUUAGCUUGCAUUGCACCCGCUGGUAUGGAGAGUAGACUGAUCUCCGAUGGCCAAAUCAGUGCAUCAUCACAACUGGAUGAUAAUCAUGCACCACAACGCGCCAGACUGAAUACCAAGUUAAGUGGAAUAAAACAGGGCGGUUGGCGUCCUCUUUCAAAUGAUCCUAAUCAAUGGCUUCAGGUGGAUCUUGGUAGUUACACUCGAGUUACGCGAGUGGCAACUCAAGGGAGGGAUGGGUAUGAGCAGUGGGUGACUUCCUUUCAGUUACAGUACAGUAUUGACGAAAUCACUUUCAAGUCUUACAUGGAAAUUGGUGGUGGCAACCCAAAGGUAUGCAGCGCCAACUAAUUCAAUGCAGAGCUACCUUGAGAAUUAUUGGCAUGGUUAAAAUACUCCAGAAAUAAAUUUAAGAGAUUUUAUAACUCCAUCAAUGUUUAUUUGCACAUGCAAUCUGGCUAAAAGCAGUCUUGCGACAAAAAAUAAAUACAUAACAACUCAAGCGGCGUUAAUUUUCUUGCUAUCGUUGCGAUCCAACGAAUUUGUAUCGAGCAAAGGAAAGUGGCUUUCUGACCCAAUGAGAGAAAAGACCAUUAACACACUUUAGAUCUCAAGGGAUGGUUUCCAGAUAAAGAAUCUCUCUAAUGAUCGAGUAUUUUCCUAAGCUGUACAAACCUCCACUAAAGUGUGUCAUUCAAAUAUAUAACAAAAGGCAGACGCAGAACUCUUUUCUUUCAUUGUUGAUCAUCCGCAAGCCUUAUGAAUAACUUUUCCUUGAUGCUUUCCGUGUUUUUCUCGCUAAGAUAUUUCCCGGAAAUGGUGAUAGUGAAACUGCUGUUUUCAACAUUCUUAAACCUCCAAUCACAGCACGAUACAUAAGGAUCUCACCCAAAGCGUGGUAUAAAAACAUAGCGAUGAGAAUAGAGAUCUACGGUUGUACAGGUAACGUUUUAAUUGUAACAAAUGAUGCCAAUAAAAAAUCAAAUAGGGGUGCCUUUUUACAGGCCUUUUUUGCCUCAUGUUAUGAUGUUAGUCGUACUGUAAGGUUUUAGUAUGGAAGGAAAAUUCACUCAUUCACUAACUCACUCACCCUAUUCUCUGAUCUGUUAGACAAUCAUCUCCUGCCUCCCCGUAUUAAGCUUACAUUUGUCCCCAAUAUUAUGCUAUUGUCUUCUGUUCAAAUACCUAGGGGUUGACACUUGGGGCAAAUUUUCGCCUGAGUACACGUAGUUAUCAACAAAGUUCAAAAUGGCUGAAGUGAUCGGGCUAAUUUUUCUUUCAUUUCGCUUUCUGUCUUCAUUUGGUCGCACCGCAUGAGCAAUUAUAAUUCUUGUCUUCAAAUUGAUUUCCGCGUAUCUGUUAACCAUAUUUUGCUGUUUUAAGGUUAUGAUUUCAUUUAUUUUACCUUUAUAGUCGAUUUUAUUCUUUCUUCAAGUUGAUUUUGCGUAUCUGUUCCGGCUAUAUUUUACACUUAUUUAUCAUGUUUUGAGAUUUUAUUGAUUUCAUGUAAUUUGAUCAUUCACCUUGUGAGCUGCUUUGUUACUAGGGCAUAAAUCUUGCCUGCGCACAGGUUGAAUUUGCCAUCGUUUACAAAUAGUUUUGUCACUGACUGUGAAUAUAUGAAAAUCAUAUGUGUGAACUGCGGUUUAAUUAAGAAAUUUAUAUGAAUACUUCUGCUUAAUUAUUGUUCAUUACUGCCAAGAUCGCUUUCAUAUUCUUUUUUUCACUGUUUGGCCGUCAAUUUAUGUGAUUUUUAAUUGAUUGUCGUCUUGGUUUACUUUUGGCUCCAAGUUUUGGUGCUCUGGUUAACGCUUCUAAAUUGGUCAUUUAAGGGUGCAGCACGCGCUAUUGGGAGAAGAUGGCAAAGAUUUACAGUUCUCACCACACAAAUGAGUAAUUAAACAUACCAUGAGGUAGUUCCUCGAGCCUUUGAUUUGAAAGUAUACCGGCGAAUAAAGAAUUAGUUUUUACGUAAGAGGAUAAAUAACAAAAAUGUAUGCAGAUACAAAUGCAACAUCGCUCAAGAAAGCGGAAUUACAGUCGGAUAACAAUAAAUUAGAGCUAACACGCUCAACGCAUAUACAUUUACCCAGUUCACUUCCUUGACAUUUAUAGAUAUUAUUUUUACCAUCCUUUACGCUCUAUUCAUCCUCGUGACACUUCCAACGUUGCUGAUCCUAGUACGGUGCGGGACGCGUUUCAUAUCAACCCAAAAAUUGGCGUAGCUCACCACAUAGUUCUCUAGAGCUCAGUAGCACAGUAUCGGAACGAUAUAUAUAUAUUUGCACAUAUAAAUAUAUAUAUGUGGGGGUAGAGACUACCUUGGCACUUUAUGCCAAGGUAGACUCUACCCCCACAUUUAUAUAUAUAUAUAUAUAUAUAUAUAUAUAUAUAAAUCUUGAUUAUAGUCUCUUCUUAUGUAUGCGAAGUUCUGGAACUCGAUUCUUCGAAGAAAACCCAGACUUUUUCUCUUUUCCAAGCUCUUGACGAGCCGAAUGACGUCGUUAUCAAUUAAUUUAUGUUUACUUAUUUCAGUGUGCAGCACACCUCUUGGAAUGGAAAGUGGAGCAAUCAAAGAUGCACAACUAACCGCUUCUACACAGUGGGAUGCCAAUCAUGCCCCAUCAAGGGCCAGGCUGAAUUGGAAGUUGACUGGAGCAAAGAUAGGAGCCUGGUCAACUCGUGUACUGGAUCUCAAACAGUGGCUUCAAGUGGAUCUUGGCAGCUAUACCAUUGUGACCGGUGUCGCGACUCAGGGGAGGAAUGCACCCCGAUUUCAGCAGUGGGUAACCAAGUACAGGUUGCAAUACAGUAUUGAUGGAGUGAACUUUCAUUUUUACGUAGAAAAAGGUGACAACUCAUUCAAGGUAUUUUCGUUUUCUUGUUGUUGUUUAAUGUUCGGUAACAGACAUGAGUGAUAAAGAGUGUGAAGGCCUGCUACGGUAAUGAUGCUAUAGAACUUCCACCGGUGCCAAACAAAAUUUACUAAUUCUAAAUGCAAUACGUUUUCCAGAAGAGAAAAAAAUAACAUUCAACUGUACGGAAACAUCCGAAAAAGGGAAAAAAAACUGAGAAAAGAAUCAAAAGCUAGCUUUAGAAAUCAUGGUGAACUAUGGAAGCAGGAUUGAAUAUUUGACGAUCCGACUAAAUUAAAGGUUUCAAAGGCGAGGAGAUUGAGAUUGGAGAUUGAGGUUUUCCAUCAAAAUUAAAUUUCCUUCUUAGCCACCUUCGAUAAAAGAACAAAUCCAGAUUCGUAACAAGUUAAACUUCAUUCAUCUUCUGAAGAAUCAAUCCGGUUAUAAAAGACUUCUCCUCGACUCUUUAGUAAGUUUCCAGAAGUCAGCAUAAAUCGGCUUGUCACAAUGUGUCCAAAGAAUAAGAUAUGAUGAUAUUCUUUUCAGGUGUUUAGUGGUAAUCAAAACCGAGACAGCAUUGUGUACCACAAAUUGGCAAGGCAAAUUACGGCACGUUACAUCCGGUUCAUUCCGGUUGAAUGGCGAAAUCACAUCUCUAUGAGAGUGGAAAUCUAUGGCUGCGCAGGUACAUCGCGGUGUAGAACAAAUAUAUAAAUUAGCCAAUGCAUCACAGGCAGCUCUGGCAGACCACAUCUUUAAUUAAUUUCCUAUCAAAGCAGGUUAAAAUUGAUUAUUCAUAGUGAUCCUAGAUUGCCUGUGUAGCAAAUCGAAGAUUGGUUAGCUCAUUCCAGCAAAUAGAUAAAGCACCCCAUUCGCUUUUUCUUCUUCCUCUCGCUCUUUCUCUUUUUCUUUUUCAUUUUACUUCUUCUUCUUUUCUCUUAAUUUUUGCCCUUUUUUGAAAACAACCCAGGAUGCUUUGAACCGCUUGGUAUGGAGGAUGGAACGAUCACUGAUGUCCAGGUCAGUUCUUCUUCGCGACUGGAUGACAGCCAUUCUCCAAGUCAGGCCAGGUUGAAUUUUAAAGAAGUAGAAAAUAAGGCUGGGGGAUGGUCGGCUCAGCCAAACGACGAAAACCCAUGGUUGCAGGUCGAUCUUGGCAGUUAUACUAGAGUGACGCGUGUGGCGACUCAAGGGUUGAAUGCCACCGACGAAUGGGUGACCAAAUACAAGUUACAAUUUAGUGACGAUGGAAAAAACUUCCAGAAUUACAAGCAACAGGGUGACAACGAAUGGACGGUAUGUCUUAGUUAGAUGUCACAUGCGUGUGAUGGACAAGAGCAAUAUCCAAAGGCGAGAUAGGGACGACUCUUUCAAUCCAUACUGUUUUCAACAAAUGCAAUAAUUUUGAAACAUACGUAUAUUUUGUUUAUUUUCUUGAAAUUUUACUUUGACACAUAGUUUGACUCUGAUUACAAAUGAAAGGUAAGGGCCUUUUGAGGGCAGUGUUUGUCACUUUCGAGGGCCCUUCCAGAAAUAAACUUAAUCCAUGCCGCUUACAAUUUACAGGAGCUGAACGGGAAUAAAGGAAGUGAUACCAUUGUGUAUAACAAUCUGAAUCCUCCAACCACAGCAAGGUUUAUACGGUUUAUACCAAUCAGUUGGCACAAUAAUAUUUCCAUGAGAACAGAGAUCUUUGGCUGUCCAGGUGUGGCGAUUAUUGAUCUAGAUUUUAGAAUCCGCUGACCAAAAAAACCUCAGAAAACAAUUAACUAGAUUGACCGAGAAGCGUAAUAGGACUUUAAAAUCUUCUGUCAAAUUUUAAAGACAGUCUUUCAGCCACGGGCAUAUACCAGCGAGUGAGAAGAGUCUUAGCGUCGCGACAUCAUUUCUCGUUCAUCAUAAAUUAGAGAAUUUUGAGAAAAAUAGUAGGUACAGUGAGAUAACUGCGUGGGAUAUAAUUUUGGUAUUCUAUUGAAAUAAUCUUGACUGAAAUGAACCACUCCUUUUGGUGACUACAAUAGUUUGUCAGAAGCAAUUAUUGAAAGAAAAAUUGAAUAAAAGCGUCGUGUAAAGUUAGGAUAGUAUCUGUAUCUGACGCUUAUCUCUUUACAACAAAUGCAGCAUGUAUGACUGCCCUUGGAAUGGAAAGUCAGACAAUAGAAGAUGCUCAGAUAAGUGCCUCCUCGCAACUGGAUGGAAAUCAUUCUGCAAUACAAGGUAGACUACACCUUACGAGAAAUGGUCAAAAGCAAGGUGGCUGGACGACUCUCACGGAUGAUCGUAAUCAGUGGCUACAAGUGGAUCUUAAUACUUUUGCGAGGGUAACGGUAAUAGCGACCCAGGGAAGAAACGGAUUCAAAGAAUGGGUCACCAAAUACAAAUUGCAAUAUAGCGAUGAUGGUGUGACCUUCACUUUCUACAAGGAAUCUGACAGCAGCUCAGAAAAGGUGUGGUAACAAUUUCACUGGUAAAACCUCACUUUAUAGGCCUACCCCAUAGGCUAUUUUUCACAACGAAAUAAAUCAUUAUAGAGCAAACUAUUUAAAAUAGAUUACUACCAUGGACCUCACUUUAGUUUAUGAACGUAUUAGGGAUCUCUUCCCUUACCUAAUACACUCUGCACUACAGAUGUGAAUGAAAUAUCAACUAUGACGCAUCUUGAAAGGAGAAACAGAUGGGAGUGUCCUCAAACAAUGUUUAAAUCCUGGAAUAUUUCUUUAAAAUCUACUUUUAUUAUACUUAGGUGUUUGAUGGAAACCGAGAUUCAGAUACUGUCGUAUACAACAAACUAACUUCGCCAAUAACAGCUCGGUACAUACGGCUGAUACCAAUGACGUGGAAUAGCCACAUCUCGAUGAGGAUGGAGUUAUACGGCUGUCCAGGUAUUUCGCAGUCUUUAAACUAGUGACUAUGCCAAUAUUCUCGAACGUAAUUGGUUAUCAACAAACUGAUAAAAGCGCUAAGAAAGCAGUUUAGAUGUAAUGACAGUAACUGGACGGUGUAAAAGCCUUUUUCGGUGUCCAAAUGUGUAACUUGACAGUAAACGUCAUUCGAGUGUGCUAGUGAAUCGACGCUUGGGCCACUUUCUCAUGAAAAAAUCUAUUGUUAUGUUUUUUUUUCUAAUAAAUACGUUUAACCGACGAUCAUUUAGUUCCUCAAAUAUUGCUACAGUUUUGAUGAAUGGGUUACAGACGUUUCUGUCUAUAAUCAAACUCCUGAUUCAGGGCUUGUAUUAUCACAGAACGAAUUGAACCCAGCCCCAGUCAAUCCUCUUACCUUUAGUCCAAAGACAAUCUCCUUAAAACAUCGUUUUCGUUUUUAAUCUAGGCUGUAUGUCCCCGUAUGGCAUGGAAAAUCGCAAAAUUUCGGAUUCUCAAAUCAAGUCGUCAACGCAGCUGGAUGAAAAUCACUCUGCAAAGCAUUCCAGGUUACAUUCAAAGGCAAAUAGAGAAAACGGAGGAAGCUGGUCAGCGCUCAAAAAUGACGUAAACCAAUGGCUUCAGGUGGAUCUUGGUAGUUAUAUAAGGGUGACGGGCAUUGCUACGCAGGGAGGGAAUGGGUGUGACGAUUGGGUGACCAAGUUCAGACUGCAAUACGGUGAAAAUGAGGACAUCUUUCAUUUCUUUGAGGAUCCAGGACAUUUUGCUGCGCAGGUUUGUAACGUAAUGCAGUUUUCCCAGAUUUCGGUGAUAGGUUAUAGAAUGUCAACACUAAUGCAAUAGUCGAUAAAAGGUAAAAAUAAAAUUUCGUCCCAUCCCAAUAGGCAAAGCCUUUCCAGUCUAUUUCAAUAUUCCCUCGUCAACUUUGAAGGAAUCCAGCGACAACAGAUAAAAUUUGCGGUAGUAUUGCUACCAAAUUUUGUUUACUUUUAACUUGCACGUGUUGAGAAUAUAACUCUCAGAUCAAAUAUAUUUGUUGAAAUGUUACCCCACAAAACUUCAAGAGCUCAUCCUUCGCGCGUUCAGUUCAGGGAAGAUGUCACUGGCUAAAACAUUUGUAGUCAUGGAGAUCGACGUUCAUCCAACUGAUGGUAGACAACCCUAAUCAGAAUGUUGCUAAUUUGAAACGAACUGUAAGAAACUAGAACAGAGGCAUUUUUUACUUAGGCGUUAAGAAAAAUCAAUUCCAAAAAAACUUUGAAUAAUCAUCUAAGGUAUUUUUUGUUUCUCUAUUAAGGUUUUCGAUGGAAAUACAGACAGUGACACUGUCGUGUACAACACGCUGACUCCACCAAUUAUAACGCGUUACAUUCGAUUCAAACCCGCUGAGUGGCACAAUCGAAUAUCAAUGAGGAUCGAGAUCUAUGGCUGUCCAGGUAUCUAGAAUAAUCUUAUUUACUUGAAGGAGACAUAUUAAAUAUUAAAGUUUGACUUUCUUUUGAGCUGCUGUACAGAUAACAAAUUCCAUCUCUUUUCCCCGAUGUUAAUCAUUUUUGUAAAGGCUAUCUGUGGUACGCUGCAAGUUGUGAAUGACAAUAUCUUUAACUAUGAUUCUUAGCACAGGAGUAGGUAGCCGUUAUCAAUCAAACGAUGGCAUCCGUGAAAAACUGUCACCUUUUUUUUUUUGUCAAACUAAGGCUGCGUAAAUCCUCUUGGAAUGGCAUUUGGAUCCAUAUCUGAUACUCAGAUAACAGCAUCAUCACAACUGGAUGACAAUCACUCUGCAUCACAGGCCAGGUUACAUUUCCAAGCGGAUGGUGACAAAGUUGGGGGUUGGUCAGCACUCACAAAUGAUCAGAACCAAUGGCUUCAAGUGGAUUUUGGUAGUUACACAAAAGUGACGCGCUUGGCGACUCAGGGGAUGAAUGGCUACGAUCAGUGGGUGACUAGAUAUAUGUUACAAUAUAGUGAUGAUGGAAUAACAUUCCACCUCUACAGGGAAGCUAGAUCCAGCCCUGCAAAGGUACCAGAUAUCCUAAAUUUUUAUUUUCUCUGCUAAGUUGCAGACUUUUGUCAACAGAUAUCGUGCAGAUAACGUUCGCUGCUGCUUCAUGAAAGAGUAUAAAGCUGACAAAAAGAAGAAAAUAAAACCUGGUCGAGAAAUGAAGUUCAUCCAUCCACCGACUCCUCUUUCCCUCCGUCUCUUCUUCCCUCCAUCUGUUCAUAAAUGCCUCCAUUUACAAAUCCGUCCAAAAAUCCAUCCAUUCAUCCUUUUACUCAUUUACCCAUUUAUCCAUGCAGUCGCUCAAUCCAUCUAUCUUUCCAUCCACUGAUUCUUCCAUCCACUUAUUUAUUCAUCCACUAAGCUUUUUGUUCCUAACCUGAUUAUUGCGUCUCAUUCAAUUAUGGAACCAUACUAUGAUAAUUGUGGCAUUGUAUGGGAUAACGUCUAUGGCCACUUCACCGAAAAACUUUAUGUAUGACCCCAGCUUAGUUAGAAGAUAUCUUUUCGAGUAGUAUUUGGGAAAUCAGUGCAUAAUCCAAGAACCUUCGUUAGAAAUCUAGCUUAAUCGGUUGCUAAAACAGACUACUAGCGGAACAGUUCUACUUACACUGGGACAAAAGUUUGGAAUACGUCUUCAAACGAAGUGAAACAUGAAAAAUACAUUUAAGCUUCAAAGAAAAAUUAGAUUUUCUCAAUCUCUCUAUUUAUUUUUAGUGAAACACUUUAUUUGUAAGAUGGUGUCUAAACUCUUUCUAUAGUAAAUUAAAACCAUCAUUUACAUUAACCAAUAUAAAUUUCUAAAUGUUUAAAAGCCUAGUGGUAAUUUUGUAGUUCAUGGCUUUUGGGAAUAACGAAAGUGCAGCACAUUGUAAACUUUGGUCAAAAUUACCGGGUUAAAUGAGGUUUUCUAUUUAUCUAUUUAUCUAAUCCCCAACCAUUAAUCCAUUCCAUACUUUCGCUUAAUCCAUCCAUCUCUCCCUCCUUCCAUUAAUUCCUUUAUUCAUCCAUCCAUCCAUCCUUACCAUCCAUCCGCUCAAUCCACCGAUCCACGGUCCAUCUUUCGUCCAUCUCACCAUUCAUCCAUCAGAACUCAUACAUUUAUCUGCUCAUCAAGUCUGCAUAAAAUCUGUCGGUUGAACAAACCUAAGCCGUGAUAAGAAAUUUACCCAAAUUCUUUAUUCCUUUGUUUAUUGUUUAGGUGUUCAAUGGCAAUCAAGACCAAAAUACUGUUGUUUAUAACAUAUUGAGCCCACCAAUAACCACUCGUUACAUCCGAUUGAAACCGCUUAACUGGAACGACCGAAUAUCGAUGAGAAUGGAGAUUUACGGAUGCCCAGGUACACCUCUUUCUGGCAAUAGCCGGACACAGUUGACGCGGUAGAAACGAUUUGAUAAAACCUUAAAAGCAACUGAAACUUUAAAUAUCAAUCAUAGACUUUCAAUAUAACUCUUUGAUAAUUAAAAAAACAUCGUGGGGGCCGGAUGAGAAACGUUCCGAUUUAUUAAUUUUUGAAAAUUUAAGUUUAGAGAACAAACGUAUCAUGCUCCGCUAAAACGAAGAUUUUAACUGUUCGUAAAAAGAUACACCUUUCACCUUCAUGUCCGUUUCAAUACAAACAGGUUGUGCAGCGCCACUUGGCAUGGAUAGCGGGGCAAUCACCGAUGCACAGAUAAGUGUUUCUUCACAGUGGGAUGGCAAUCAUGGGGCCAGGCAAGGAAGGUUACAUUAUAAGAAACUUCCGGGAACCUCCGGAAGUUGGUCAUCACGUGCAAAUGAUUUAAACCAGUGGUUUCAGGUGGAUCUUGGUCAAUACACUACAGUGACUGGUAUAGCGACCCAAGGCAGACAACGCUAUGACCAAUAUGUGACAGCAUAUAAGUUGCAGUAUAGUGACGAUGGAGUAACUUUUCAGUUUUAUAAGGCUUCGCCACUCGAAGCUGAAAAGGUAUACCUAGCUAGUUCUAUUGUUUCUAUUUUUAAGACAUUAAGAACAAGUCUCUGUAAGAAUCAAACAUCUUGGGAAAUGAAAGUUUUCAACCCCCCUUCAAAUUUUGCAUGCAGUUAGGCACUUAGGGGGGAUGCACAAAAAUGCCCUUUUUAAAGGUCGCAGCACUCUUGUUGCCAUGGUAACAACGACUGCUUGCUCGAGGCCUAGGUCCUCAUUUUCAUACAAAAACGUCGCAAAAAAAGAGUGAAAUGUUUAUUUCUCUAUCUCAAGCUAAAUACAACAUUACAAAUUGGCACUUGUACCAUACAUAGUGACAUCAUUCGUCUUCACUUUGAUCUAUUCAAUUUUCCCUGAGAGUGAAUGUGAACACACCACUAGAUUAUUCAUCUUGGUACAGUUUCGGUCAUUUUUUUUGUCGGGUAAAACAGGGAAAACGUUUAUCUGAACUUCUCCAAACGUACACCGAUUCUGGAACUGAAACUACCCAACUAGCUGUUUAUAAUAUUCUAGUUUUUAAAUAUGUAAAAAUCUCUGCGGGCCUGCCUCUACUUGUAAUAGGGGCAAUACGCGAAAAAAGCUCAAAAUCAGAUAUUGCAUGAUUUGGCGAUGUUUACAUCUAAUGUUCUCAACAACAAAUGUUUCAGACAAAUGAAACAUGCACGGCUUUUGAAGAAUGUUAUCUUAUGAGCAAUAUCCCGAAGAGAAAUCUCGCCUCUGGUUGUCAUCUUUUAAAAAAAAAUUUAUCAAACUUAAUGGAGGACUACUCGACGUAACUUUAAACAUAUACCUCAAAUCGUGUAUAUAUCAUCCAGAUUCCGAGUGCUGCACCUUCUUUCAUGGAAUUUGAGCAACCCGAAGUCCUCUGAAGAUACACUGAUAUACUUAUAUGUCAUUUGAAACAUGUUGAAGUCGGCUGAUCUACACUAAAGUAUCCUCACACCGAUCAAUUGUCAUUAUCGAUGUUCUGAUCAAAAGCUCACUUUCCACUUGUCUUCAUAAUUUUACAUAGGUCUUUCGUGGUAAUAGUGACAGAGAGACCGUCAUUUAUCACGAAAUACGCAAACCAAUCAGAGCACGCUACAUACGAAUUAGACCGGUGAGUUGGUACCGACACAUAUCCAUGAGGGCUGAGAUCUAUGGCUGUCCAGGUAAUUUCUCAUUUCUCCUCAUAUUUUUCAUUGUUUCUAAUCUUUAUUACCUUUAUUCUUAUCACUGUCAUAUUUUAUUGCCAUUAAAACUUAAUGUUUAAGUUAAUAUCAUCACUUUGAUCACCAUUAUUAACUCUACCGCUAUAGUUAUCAAAAUCAUCAUUAUCAUGAUUAUUAUUAUAUGGUUAUGUAUUUGUUUUUAUUUGUCUUACACGUAUCUGUACAAGCAAAAAACACAUCUGCAACUGCAAAUCACGAAAACGGUAUUAAUUACCUGCUUAAGGAUGGAAAACCAGCCCCUGGCGUGGAAAAUUCCCCGGAAAAUUCGUGACCUGCAAUCAUCGUAACGUUGAUUGGGAUAAUUUAACCAUCUAGCUUUUCAAAGUUUGUUGAGGUGAUUAAGUUUCCUUUCACAACUCACGUUGUUUCUUAACUAACUAUUUAACUUGGAAGUCCUCGCUGUGCGAAAGUUUCCUUAGAAAAUUAAUUACCUUCUAAAGGUAUGGCCUCAGCUUUAAAUUUGAAGGGCUAUGUGGGAGGUAUGGCAUAAAUAAAUAAGUUAAAAGCGAUUCCAAAUGUCAACACUUAAUUGUACGGAUUAAAAGAUACUAACAUCUGCGUGUUUCUUUCGACUUACCCAGGCUGUGUAUCCCCCCUCGGCAUGGAAAGUAAAUCAAUCUCUGAUGCGCAAAUAUAUGCCUCCUCACAACUGAAUGAUGACCGGGCUCCAUCGCAGGCCAGGUUGCACAUUCAAGCGGCCACUGAUAGUAAAAAUAGGGGGUGGUCUGCUCGCAAGAACGAUCUUUAUCAAUGGUUACAGGUGGACCUUGGAAGUGAAGCAAUUGUGACGCGUGUAGCAACACAGGGGAUAGAUGGCCUCGACGAGUGGGUGACAAAAUACAGAAUACAAUUUAGCUAUUCUGGGAUAAAUUUCCGAUUUUACAAGAAAGCAGAACACAGUUCUGCACAGGUAUGUCCUCAGCGCUGUAUUCUAACGAUGAAGUCAGGAUAACCUGAAAGUAAUUAAUUUUUAUCGUACACCGUGAUGGUAUAAUCAAUAUGAUGCCUAUGGAUGUAAAUGAGAAAACGUUCAGCCCAGUUUUGGCAAUUGUGUGCUGUAAAUGACUGUUUGGGGGAGAGCAAGUGGCUAGAUAGGUGGUUGGGCGGAUAAGUAAGUUUUUGGGAAAUUGCGAGAGAAUGAAGCAAACUGAACGUCAAUUACGCUGUUUAUUAAAACUUGCUUUUGAAGGUUUUCGAUGGAAAUGAAGACAGUUCCACAGUUGUAGUCAAAAGACUGAGCGAGCCGAUCAGAGCACGUUUCGUCCGAUUAUUGCCGAUAGAGUGGCAUAAACACAUAUCAAUGAGAAUUGAGAUUUACGGAUGCCCAGGUAGAUUCAAUCAUUUCGAACGACUUCUGUCUUUCAUAGUUGAAAAGUAUCUUCUUCAAUGACAUGACUACGGACAUUUUGAAAAACGGGUUUACAAAAAUCGUAGAAGUGGCUUGUGGUAAGGGUAUUCAUCUUAGUUCAGUUACUCAUUAAAAAAGAUGCAGGUUUAGAUGAAUCAAGUCAACCGCAUGAUCGUUUCCAUCCACGAGCUAUUUUUUGUUUUUAUCUGAUUGUGAAAAAGGCCAUAAAAAUACUUGUCUUCUAGGUUGAAAAAAAAUUAAAUUCGACUAGUGUCAGUGUUUUUUUAUCGGUAGCUAUUCAAAUUAAAUCUGACCAUUCCCUCAAAGGAAAGUACAUUUUCUUCCUGGUUCUUGAUUUGCAUCUUGUAGACUGCAUCACACCUCUUGGCAUGGAAAGCGGACAUAUCGCUGACUCAAAGAUAACUACAUCCUCGAUUUUGGAUGACAAAAGCCUUGCAAGUCAGGCCAGGUUGAAUUAUAAAGCGGACGGUGGCUUUGGGGGAGGUUGGUCAUCUCUCGCAAAUGAUGCUAACCAAUGGCUUCAAGUAGAUCUUGGUACUUACACGCGUGUGACACGUUUAGCCACUCAAGGAAGGAAUGGGCACGAUCAGUGGGUGACCAAGUAUAGGGUGGAGUACGGUGAGGAUGGCCAGAGCUUCCAGGUGUACAAACCAUCAAAUGCCAGCGUAGCGAGGGUAUGUUAAAUCAUUUUAAGACUGAUCGUCUGCAACUUAAAAAAGGUGGUCUUCCUGAUGACGUUAGUAGCUAAGCCUUGAAAAAAGUGCACCUUAGGGAAACGAAUAUCGUGCUUGUUUUCCUUACUGUGACAAAAAUGGAUGAGAUAAAAUCAGCUCCACAAUCAAACUGAUUAUAAUUCAUAUCAAGAACACUCCUUUUUGUGACAUUUGUCAUCUAGUUUAAACAUGAGAUAGAAAUUUUUCGCAUGCAAGAUAAUGACAGUUUUCCUUGUGAUUGUCUUGAAGGUUUUCACUGGAAAUCAAAACAGCGAGGCAGUGGUUCACAGCAGUUUGAGCCCACCAAUCACAACAAGGUUUAUACGGCUAAUACCGGUGGAGUGGCACAAUCAUAUCUCAAUGAGGAUAGAGAUCUAUGGCUGUCCAGGUGCUUUAAAGAAACAAUUAGAACUAAUCAUUUUAUAAAUAGGUUAUUUGACAAAAAGACGCCAUUAAUUUUACAGAAUGGUCCCUUACGUGAUGAAAUGAAGCAAUCCAAGCAGUUAAACCAACUAAGCAGAAUCUUAUUGUUGGAAGGUUACUCAAAUGUGUUGCUAUAUUGAAACGAUCCAAAUUAUUAUUUUUUGAAACAAUAUAUAUUUUUUCAAACACAGGAUGUGCCGCAGUACUUGGUGUGGAGAAUAAAGAAAUAUCUGAUGCCAACCUAAAGGUAUCCUCACAAAUGGAUGAGGAUCACGGCGCAAAGGAGGCAAGGUUAAAUUCGAAAGCAGACGGGAACAAGAGAGGGGGAUGGUCAGCCAUGAGCAAUAACUUCAAUCAGUGGCUUCAAGUGGAUAUCGGUGAUAACUCUCGAGUGACAGGUGUUGCGACUCAGGGGAUGAAUGGGAACGACCAGUGGGUGUCCAGAUACCGCAUACAGUAUAGCAGUGACGGAGUGACUUUUGAAUUUUAUAAUGUAACGGAAGACAGUUCAGCAAAGGUAUGAUUACUGCUGACGAGAGUAGAGAGGUUAGCUGCCUGACCCCAUUUUGACUUAAGUGCUUAUUUUAUGUACAGCAACUGUAGGCCAUACAAUGCUAUACCAAACGUAAGAUUUAUUGUAUGAGCCUUAUGCACCAGAACGUUACCCAGGAAACUGAUCAUUUUUGGCUUCCGUUUUAAGUCUUUACUGUCUCAACAUCAGGUAUUUUAUGGAAAUCAGAACAGUGACACAGUUGUAAAAAAUGUGCUCAUUCCACCAAUAACAGCGCGUUACAUUCGCCUGAUACCUGUUGCGUGGCACAAUCAUAUAUCGAUGAGGAUGGAAAUCUACGGCUGCUCAGGUAUAGUGACCGCUUCUGCCCAUGGAGACACAUUGGGUGCGAUACCUGAUAGAGUGUGCUAUAGCUAAUAAGUCUGCUAGUCAGUUUCAAAAUGUGCUCAAUUUCAUGAAGGUAAUUGAAUAGACUGGAGUUCAAAUCCAACGAGCGGGCAGCACGUGAUCGAUUUAAAAUCACUGAUUAUGAUUUUAGACCAAAACUACAUUACACAACCGUUAACUGUUCCUCUUUUACAUUUCUUACAUCAUUUUUUUUUCUACAUUUUGACUUUUUGCAGUCCACAAUUGGAAGCCUUGAAAGACUAGUUUUUCUACUUUAGUUUUUCAUCUUAGGAAAAAUAUAGUGUGAACCUUGUAUACGCGAUACUGCUGAGAACCAGUCAGUGUCAGAGGAUCGCCAGUGAUUCCAAACAGGAUAUAAUAACAAUCAUCUUAUUCCUCCCUUUCAUAUAUAUUUGUUUUGCGAUGAGAAAAUUUUUCUCGAAUUAGUCUUCAUUUCAUUAGGUUCCCCUGGCGUCGUGCUGUUACGGCGAGUUCUUGUGCAUGUUUCGAUUUAUCUCCUUAGAGGAGAAUCAGAAACCGGAAUUUGAAACUUUACUUGACCUCCUAGUGUUUACCGGUUCGCCAACUGUACCACCGUCAGAAAUGACGACAGAAGAUUACACAGACAAAGAAGGGGGAAUACUCGGAGAGCAACAAGGAAACAGGAAAACGGAAGGUGCCGCUGAAACUGUGUUUUAAUCGUUGUGAUGUCUCGUCAUCCGACGCGUUAAAAGAACCUAACACGUCGCUUGUAGCGACCCGACAACCACUGCAAAGGAAAUUAUAGAAACUAGGCAGCAUAAUUAAUAUUUUUCUCACCUACUCUCGUUCAGGGGUUACCAAUUUAAUCAUAAUCGUGUUAUGUUUUUUAAGUUGAUUUAAAUUGAUUUUAAAAAAGGUUGGACUUACGUAGAACAGGGCAGCAAAGGAUCUAGUUGACUGUAAUUACACAAAGAGCAUGCAAAUGGUUAAGCUAAGGUAGCAUUGGACGAAACUAAAAAGAUAGUUACAGCUGGAACUAUAUGAGCUCUUUACAUCACACCUGGUUGGCGAAAAACCCAGGUUGCAUCAUCGCAAAGAUUAAACCUUGUGUAGUUAUAUGUUUAAAAGCGUAGGAAAGCAGUGAGUACUCUUACCGAGUAGUCAUUACGGAGACUAAGGUUGACUUUGCCAAAAAGCCAAAAUAUCUAAAACUUUUUUUCAAAACAUUUGCCCAAGAGCUUUCCUAGGUUUCUGAUGUCACUCAAUAGCUUAGUAUUUGUUUCCUUUUUCAUCUAGGGUCAUCACCCUGCCGCCAUUUUGUCGAAAUGGACUUUGAAUUGUUUUUGUCGCCUUUAUAGCCCAUAGUUCCAGAAUUUUGGUCAACAGAAAGGUUGAUCCGAGUCAGUUUCGAGGAAAAAUACACCUCAGUGCAGACAAAUUAAAUUCGUUCGAGAAACACGAAUUUACUGUGUAUAGCAUUUUUCAAGAUGAUCAAGGUGGGCCAAAAAUAAAGUAUGGUGAAGAGGGCUGAUAAUACCUCCCUAUCUUAUUUUCAUGGCAUGACGAAAAAAAUCUUUCUUAGUAGCUCUUUCUUUUUGAGAUAUGAGGAAAACCAAUUCCCUCCACUCGGUAGUUUUACUGAUGAAUGCUUUCCAUUCUUUGAUAGGCGUAAAUGUACUUGCUGUGGUGUUACCCUUGGUAAUCAUUUUAAUCGCCGUCGUGGCAUUGGGUGUAUUCUUUUACUGGAAAAGGUGAGAAAAAACUACUUGACGGGAAGACCUACUAUAUCUAACGGAUGUAAAAAUUUCCAUAUCAUGGAACCGUAAAAAUGGCCAGGGUUAUUUUAGUAAAAUACACCUAGAUGUUGGAAUGAUAUUAACAUAUCAUGAAGAUAAAACCCUUCCUUUUGUUCUUUUCCUUUGAUGUCAACCAAUAAACUUGUUUUAAAAUAGGAGAGGUCAAAAGAAUGUGGACAGCAACACAGUUGCAUUUCAAACGUGAGUACAAAUCGCAUUUUGUUUUUGUUUCUUUGUUUGUAAAGACAAACGUCUAAACCAAUUAAAUUUUAGUGCACUGACUCACCAACCAUUAAUUUAAUUGUUGUUUUCCAGAUUACUAACUGCAUAAGGUUAAAUAUGCAAGUCAUGAUUUUUUAAUCAUCAUAUUUUAAUCAUCAAACGAAUACUUUUGCUGAUUGAUUUGGCAUUCUGUUAGUUGUAAACCUGCUUUUUUAAUAGUUGUCAUCUCGGUUAUUCACGUACGCUAUCCACUCUUUCUUUCUGCUUUGCAGGGGAACCAAUGAAUUAAACUAUGCAGUGAACAAAAUAUACGAUGAUCGGUAAAUAUCUAAUUUAAAAACACUGAGAAUUGUGGCAUUCUAGUAGAAAUGUUUACUCUGGUCCUUCUUGCUGUACACUCGAUUACAUAAACGUUGACACUUAAAAGACAAUCGAAGAUGAGACCCAGAAGCUUUAUGGGUACAUAAAAACAUGAUAACGACAUUGUUUUGCACGUGGUACAUGAUAGAAGCCACACACACUCUUCUAACAGAAAACAAUUAUCAUACACGGGGGUUUGCCAUGAGUCAUGGAAAUUAUGUAACAUUUCCCAUAAAGCCGUUGGGUAUCAACAUUCGCGGACCAUGCUGUUUAGGAGUCAACGUUUUUUCAAUCGCGUAUAAACAACGAGCAAUACGUACACCAACCACAGAAACGUGCGACACGUCAGUUUUCUUAACAAUCUCAUGCGUUUUUGCUACUAAAUUUGAUGUCUAUUUUGUCUUGAUGGAUUACUUCGAGCCAAUAUGGUUUUCCGUUAUUGAUCUAUUGCCGGUUGUCCGAGGAGUAGAUAACGCCAAACGCCUGGUGAAUCUCUUUCCGGUGGAUACUGCGGUACAUUUUGUUGUCACUUAUCCGCUGGAUAGCGAUUCAUCCGUUGGAUACCGUUACCACCUCCUGAAAAACUGGGCCCUGAUCCAAAUAACAAUUUUAUUUCCUGGUCUCCUUCUCCUCAGCGAAGAACACUUAAAUUGAUAAGAGGAGGUAAUUUUACUCGUAACAAUAGUGCGCAUUUCGAUCGAGAGUCGUAAAACAAAAAGUGAACUAAGUAAUACAAUAGCCAAUCAGAACAAAGGAAAAUAUCACAGGGAACCCAGGACAACUCAAAGCAAACAGGCGAACUACCCGAGACGUGAGAAUUUGUUAAGUUAAGAAAGCGGCGCAACCGAGGCAAACCCGAGUUACUUCAGACACUCACCUGGAAAUUUCUCAAUUUAUGACACGGAAGACUUAGAAGUUCCAGAACUGCAUUUGUAGAGAUAUAUCUAUGCUUUAACCAUUAACAGUGUUAUAUUUUUCUUCUGAUAGGGAUGCGGUGGUGCCUGACUGAAACUAAGAAACUUAAGCAGGAAGGAUAUGUUUUAGCCUCCAAGUGUUUUAAGAGAUUUUUAAAAAUAAAAGUAAAAAAAAAUCCACUGAGGAUUCUAAUCAUAUUCCCGAAUAAUAAUCUAAGCCACGCGAAAGUAACAUAUACUUUUUUUCUUAUUAGAAAUAGGUGAAUGAGUUAGGUAGCCGGUUUUUGAAUGUGCAAAUAUCUUCUCUGAAAAGAUGA